AUGCCUCGUGCGCGCAUCUUUCCGUGUGCUUGGAAUAGCUGUAAGAAGGCUUUCAACCGAAAAUCGGAUCUGUGCAGACAUUUUCGAAUACACACCAACGAACGACCCUAUGAAUGCGGUUUUCCGAAUUGUACAAAAAGCUUCAUUCAGCGCUCUGCCCUGACUGUCCAUUCCAGAACCCAUACUGGGGAGAAGCCCCAUGUAUGCGAUUAUGAAAGCUGCAGUAAAGCAUUCUCUGAUUCCUCAAGUUUAGCUCGUCAUCGGCGAAUACAUACUGGCAGGAGGCCAUAUAAGUGCAUGGAGUUGGAGUGCGGGCGAAGCUUCUGCCGGAAAACAACUUUAACCAAACACCAAAGUCGAUCUCAUCAACCUGACAUCAACCCACAGCCAGUUUGCACAACCCAGGAACCAUUAUAUCUGCAACCAUCUCCAAGCUUGUUACCUCCAGAAAGUAAUUUCCGAGAUAACCAACAGACAUAUCCACUCUUGCAAAUUGUUGGAAAUGACUUUUACCCUCCUCAAACAGAGCCUCCGGUCCAUUUAAUACCGGUCCCUGGAGAGCAGACGGUGAUCGGUGCUGGAAUGAAUUAUCCCGGUUCGGUCUUUGUUUUCAAUCCUCAAAUACAACGCUUCAAUGUUCCUCCCACCACGGUGGAAUCCGUCCCACGAUUCCCACCAGCGUCUGAGUAUGAGCCUCGACCUCCCAUAAUUUACCAUGAAGAAAUCUCCAUGGACAAACCUGUUCUCGCGCGAAUUUUCCAUUCCUACGAAGAUAGUGGCUGGGGAUUCUUAGCCAUUAAGAGUUGA